AUGGCUGUACCUCUUAUCAUUUCCCCAACAUCUCCGCUGCUUGACUCGCGGGACGCCGUGAUCCUCGAUGCCUCGUGGCUAUACGAACCGGAUCCGCCAACGCGCAAUGCAUAUGAGGAGUUUCUAACAGGACCUCGAUUUCCGAAAGCCCAAUUCUGGGAUUUGGAGGCUGUGUCUGAACCCCAUCCAGAUGGCUACGUCCUCAUGCUACCAUCUCCAGAGCGCUUCGCUUCCUUUGCUGGCAAACAUGGCAUCACUCCGGACACCCAUGUCAUCGUAUAUGAUGGAGAAGGUGUCUUUGCUGCACCGCGGACGGCUUGGACUUUCAAGGUGUAUGGUCACAAAAAGGUGUCUGUCAUAGACGGUGGACUGCCUCGGGCAAAGAAAGAAGGUGUCGCUCUCGAGACUGGUUCGCCGAGAGAGAUCAAAGAGGCCGAGUACCCUGUGCCUGUGGUGGAUGGUAAUGCUGUUGUGGACUUCGCUCAGGUGUCCAGGCUAGCCGAACGGCGGUCCCUUACAGCUGAUAGCACUGUCUUGGUCGAUGCAAGACCCUCCUCAUCAUACGAGGCAGGCCACAUACCUACAUCUCUGCUCUUAGAUUUCCCAUCUUCUCUCCUCAAAGACCCAACCGGUUUUACUUACCUACGAAGCGCCGAAGAUUUGAAAAGGCACAUUGCAGGACAGCUUGGGAAAGACAAGUUAGACCAGAUUCUUUCAGGGGACGUAACGAUCGUGAACACCUGUGGUGGAGGUCUCUCUGCUGCGAUAAAUUGGUUAUUAUUCCAGAGCCUCGGGGUGAACUCUCGACUAUACGAUGAGGUGAGCAUCUUGUGUCCGGUCACAUCGAGAACGGGAGAUUAA